AUGUGAACCAUGCAGGUGGAUGCUGUCCUUGUUCUCUUCUGUGUUUGGCUCGCAGGUGCAGCUGGGAGGAUGGCCCAGUCGCGGGGUCACAAGCUGGAGACCUACAAGCAGAGCAGGUCGCGAAGAGAGACCAGAAUGGAUGGAGUUGGAGGUGAAAAACCUGGAAACCCAAUUUACAAACGAAGUCCAGACAUGACAAAAUCUCUGGUGACAAAAUCUGAGCAGCUCCUGAGAAUUGACGACCAUGAUUUCACCAUGAGGCCAGCGUUUGGAGGUCCUCCAAUUCCUGUUGGAGUGGAUGUUCAGGUUGAAAGUCUGGACACCAUCUCCGAGGUGGAUAUGGACUUUACCAUGACACUGUACCUGCGUCACUACUGGAAGGAUGAGCGGCUGUCGUUCCCAAGCACCAACAACCAGAGCAUGACCUUUGACAGUCGCCUGGCGAAGAAGAUUUGGGUUCCUGACAUGUUCUUCGUCCACUCCAAGCGCUCUUUUAUCCACGACACCACCACCGAUAACGUCAUGCUGAGGGUUUACCCUGACGGCAACGUCCUCUACAGCCUCAGAAUCACUGUCACCGCCAUGUGCAACAUGGACCUCAGUCGCUUCCCUCUGGACACUCAAACCUGCUCGCUGGAGAUCGAGAGCUAUGCAUACACAGACGACGACCUGAUGUUGUACUGGAAGAAAGGCAACGAAUCCCUGAACACGGACGAAAGAAUAUCCCUGUCCCAGUUCCUCAUUCAGAAAUUUCACACCACCACCAAGCUGGCUUUCUACAGCAGCACAGGCUGGUACAAUCGUUUGUACAUCCACUUCACCCUGCGGCGCCACAUCUUCUUCUUCCUGCUGCAGACCUACUUCCCUGCUACUCUGAUGGUCAUGCUGUCCUGGGUGUCCUUCUGGAUUGACCGCAGGGCCGUCCCUGCCAGGGUGCCACUAGGCAUCACCACAGUGCUGACCAUGUCCACCAUCAUUACCGGGGUCAACGCCUCCAUGCCGCGGGUCUCCUACAUCAAGGCAGUGGACAUUUACCUCUGGGUCAGUUUUGUCUUCGUCUUCCUGUCGGUGAUAGAGUAUGCGGCAGUCAACUACCUCUCCACCGUACAGGAGAGGAAAGAGAGGAAACUGAGGGAGAGACUGCCGUGUACAUGCGGCAUUGGCAACCCAGACGAUAUGAUGAUCGACCCCCAGAUCACUGGCUACGGGUCCAUGGAUGUCAACACCACAGGGAAUUAUGGGAUGCCAGAGAACGGCGGUCGCCAGGAUCGAAUGUUGGCCCAGGUUUCCCUGAAUGACCCGCAGAUCACAGGCCAGGUUCAGCCAUCCAGAGCCUACGUGAACGUCUGGAUAGACACCCACGCCAUAGACAAGUACUCAAGGGUUUUGUUUCCUGGUGCGUACAUCCUCUUUAACAUCAUCUAUUGGUCCAUCUACUCGUAACCCGGGAUGAAGAAGUAGACUCGAGGAGCUUGGCUCAUUUGGGAAAGAGCAGGAAAAAAAACAUCAUUGCAUGUGAUGCUUUUCAGACAGAGAAACUGCAUUUAAGAUGCAUGGGGACCUUUGGCAGAUUGGUGACCAUUGCCUUCUCGACCCAGCCACUUAAAACUGAAGAGUUUAUAAAUGAGUUACUGACAAACAGGACGAUCAUUGUUGUCGCUGGUUUUGUCAAUGGAUCAAGUCGAUGUGGUUUCAUAUUGUACCUAUAAUGCUGUUGAUGGAAAGAUUGGACUGACUGCACAGAGAUAUUAUCCUGUGCAGCGAAUCUAACCAUAUUUCAAAACCGAAAAUGAGAACUGAAAACGGAUUUCUGACAUUGCCAGGAUAUGGACAGAUUCCUUCUUCUUUGCAUAUGAACUAUACUUGACAAUCAAUGGUACUCUUAAAAUACUUUAAUAGUUCGGCUUAUUUGCUUUCUGGUGGAAAGUUAGAGAAGACAUGAGAGUGGUGUCAAUCCUCUUAUCGGACUCUUGGCUGAGAAAACAAAUCAGCGCCAUUACCCAAAACGUGGGACUAUUUCUUUAAAAAAAAAAAGUGAUUAUUCUUGAAGCUUGAUUUUUCAUUUGCAGCACAUUAGAACGAUUCAGUAUGUGUUACAUUUUUCAUGUGAUCUUUGUAUCAAUGCGAUUGUUUAGCUCUCAAGCUACUUACUGCGUUGCAUUCGUCAUUUGAUAAAGCAAAAUAAUGCUGUCUAUUAAAAACACAAAUGUAAAAAUAUAUGUUCAGUAAAUCCCAAACACUGAUUAUGGUAUUGACUUUUUAAAAAUGUCCCUUUUUUCUUCUUUUUUUGAUACAACUGAAUCUCAUCUCUGUUUGGUGUUGUGGGGCUUUGAGGUUCACUGUGACCUGUUAGUUGCUAGUUUUAUCGUCCUAUUCAACUUAAAACAACUUCAUACUUUGUUCGGCAAAAGAUAUAUUCCAAUAUAUUUUGGGGGUUAAUGAACAAACAUGUUAAAUUAAACUCUGGAAAAAUGUUAUAUAUGGGGAAAAUGUUUAAUAAAUGUUUUGUUUUCUGAAUAUGUGAAAAUUAUUUGAGCAGAGCUUACGUGCUCAACAACACAAACACAAAACUGUACAUUUUAAAUCUCCAUGUAAUACAUUUAGUACGUACAAAUAUAAAUGGAUUGAAACGCAUGGCUGAAUAUUGCUUUUUCUGAAUAUUGCUGCUGCAGACAUCAAUUAAAAUCUGCUAAAACAUUCUGGAACGACCUCUGAAGUCUCAGUGCCAAAUGUUCCUCAGGAGUAUGUUCCUGCUCUCUUACACAGAAUAUUGAAACGGUGCCGGAGAAUAAGCUUUCACAGUUAUUAGACGUUGGAUUGCCACCAUGCU